AUGGCAAAGUUCACCGUUCAACUCUUACCCCAAACUUUCUGCCGAUCGGCCAAAUUUACAGCAUGCUUUUGUUGCCAUGCACCAGAUGAAAAGCCGAAGAUCCGGUUCUCAAUCGGAGCAAAACGCUACAAGCUAGUGGACUCGCACUCCUUGGCUGAUUUGCGAAUGAUCAGGCGGUUAUUUGCCGCGGAUUUCCGUCUUCUUUGUUUCGCCACAAUAUGGGUAUGGUCACUUUUCCUUACUGUCGGCUAAAGUUGUUACUCAAAGGAGUUGGAAAAAGGUUCAAUGUGAAGGUGAUAACGAUGCAAUGAAGCUGACAAAGUCAGGCCUCUUAGAAUUUGACGAUAUC